AUGCCAUCAUCUCUUCAACUCUUGGAAUACAUCUCGUUUGUUCCACUAGUAGUGGGAUCCUUGUUUGGAGCAUGGUUUGUUUGGCAUCUCAUCAAUUUCCUAAUUACUUAUUUCAGGUACAGACACAUCCCAGGACAUGUGAGCUUCCUACCAGCUGUGAUUGAUUCCAUGCUUCAUAAACGCAUAUACAUUUACCAUCAAUAUGUUUGCACAUUGGAUGCCUAUAAACGAUAUCCCGAAGCCUCUGUCAUUAAAUUACAAUUCGGUUCGGUCUGUACUUUGAUCGUUGCCCGAGAUAAAGCACUAUUGAAAGAACUGCUCGUGAAAAACUACAAGAGCAUUAGUAAGGGAGAUGUUUUGGCUCCAGUUGGAUUGUUUGGAAAUAACAUGUUUUCUGCCGAUAGUUCCGAUCCUUUGUGGAAGAAGCAUCGUACUAUGAGUAAUCCAAUUUUCACGGGUGCUGCUCACUUGAGAAACGUGUUUAGAGUCACGAUUGAAGAAACAAACAAAAUGCUCGAUUUUUGGAAGCGAAUCUAUGGAGUCAAUGAAAAGAAUGGAGCUAUUGAAAAGGUGAAUGUCACAAAUGAAUUCAAAUCAGUAACCUUGUCGGUCAUUAAUAGAGUUGCAUUUGAUUAUGACAUUCAUAUCUUUGAUAAUGAUGUCAAGCACAGAGACGAGUUGCAUGAAUGGGUUAAUAAUUUGUUAGCGGGUUUAUUGUACAACUUUGUCUUUCCUAAAUGGGCAUUUGAAUAUCUUCCAUUUGGAAUUUUUAAACGAUUCAGAGAGUCAAAAGAAAGAUUUAGAGAAGCAGCCUUGACCAUGAUUGAGAGAAAACAAGCUGAAAAAGAGAAGAGUAACGAAAUUAAGGAUGAUGAAGAUUUACUGAGUUUGCUGUUGAGCUCCUCAGAAGCGGCUAAGGAGGAUCAAAAGUUGUCCAAGGAUGAAUUACUUUCUGCCCUCUUUAUUAUCUUCUUUGCUGGAUUUGAAACGUCAUCCGUUUCACUCAACUUUAUGCUUCGACAGCUUGCCAAAUAUCCUGAAGUUCAACAACGAAUUUAUGAAGAAAUUAGAAGCGAAAUUUCGUCUCAAGAAGAAAUUACCUAUGAGGUCAUUACAGAAAAACUUCAUUUCUUAUCGUCAUUUAUGAAAGAAGUUCUUCGUGUGAAAACUCCAGUAGGAGGUGGUGCCAGAAUUGUCAUGAAGAAAGGUGGUGAGACAUUGGGUGGAGUCAAGUAUCCAGCAGGAACACAAUUUCUUGCGUCCUAUUAUAGUAUGCACUAUUUUGCAAAGAAUGGAGAAGACGACUUUAAACCAGAUCGAUUCAUGCCAACCAAAACAGAUGCUGCAGUUACUCCCGACUAUUUGAAUAUUGAUUUCAAUACGGAUGAAAUUCUUCCAUUCAGUAUUGGUCCAAGAGAUUGUAUUGGAAAAAGAAUGGCACUACUUGAGAUGAAGCUAAUUCUUGUCAUGUUAUUGCUGAAAUUUCAACUACAAGUGCCAAAAGGAUUGGAAGAACAACAGGAUAGCAUACCUGAAACUUAUAUUGUGACUCGUACCGUAUUAGACCCCUACUUGAUUGAUUUUAUUCCAAGGCAAUAA